AUGGAGGAGAUUACCCUAGCUAAUAAAGUUGCAGAUUGUGAGGCCGAGGUGGUUAACAACCCUAUCCCACAAAAAUACCAGAAUCUUCAAACUGCACCAUCAGAAUACUCUGCAUAUCUCACUUCCAAGGCAAGACGUAAAUUACUGUUCACUAAGGCUUCCUUCUUUGAACAUGGGGAAUGGGAUCCUAGUGGAAAACUAGAGCUGGAAAACAUUGUUGGAGAAGGUGCAUUUGGCAAGGUUUACAAGGGACGCCAUCUUGAAACCAAUGAAACAGUAGCCAUCAAAGUUCUCGAUGAUAAAACGAAUACCGAAAAGGAAAUCAACAACGAGAUUCAACUCCUCAAAAAAUAUUCAAAGCAUGAGAACAUAGCAUCGUUCUUUGGAGUGUAUUUGCAACCAAUGGGUAACCUAUGGAUUGCAAUGGAAUAUUGCGGAGGUGGCACAGUGAAAGACAUAAUGGAGAAUACAAUCACAGGGACACUUCCUGAGCAUUGGAUUGCCUACAUAAUUCGGGAAGUUUUAAAGGCCUUGAAAUACCUUCACAAUAAUCGUGUUGUGCACAACGACGUAAAGGGUCAUAAUAUCGCACUAACCGAAGAUGCUAGUGUUCGAUUGAUUGAUUUUGGAAUCAGCCAGAAGCUGAAGGGUCUACGUGGUGCCUGUAAGGACCCAGUUGGAACACCUCAUUGGCUUGCGCCAGAGGUUUGGACAUGUUCAGAGGAUGAUACUGAAUCAUACGGCUGCAAGUGCGACUUAUGGUCUUUGGGGAUCACGGCCAUAGAGAUGGCAGAAGGAAGAGACCCACUGGCCAAUCUUGAUGGCUUGCUAGCUGGCAUCAAACGUUGUGAUCCUCCCACACUAAGAAUUCCAAGCAAGUGGUCUACUGAAUUUAACUCCUUUUUGGGACUCUGUCUUAAAAAGGACCCAAAAGUUACACAUAGUGCCAAACAGCUGCUCAAACAUCCAUUUGUGAGGAACCUAGAGAAUGUAAAGAUGGUCAGAGCAGAGAUGCAAGCUGUAAUUUGUAGGGUUAGAGCAGCCAAAUCUAAGAAAGUUGAUGUCAAACCUAAAGAACAACCAGAAAAGAUAUCAACGGGAGACUUUGAGAAAGCAAUGGCUGAACUUAAAAGUUUCCAGAGGGGCAACAAAAGUGAUGCUAAUGCUGAGAAUCUGAAUGCAGAAGCAAAAAAAGAUGCUACUGAUUCCAAAGAGUUGGCCUCACAAGCUGAAAUUGACUCAGCAAAUGCUGAGGAACCAGCUUCAGUAGACAAAAAGGAAGUGAGUGACGCCUUAUCCAAUGAUGAGGAAAAGGUCACUGAGUGCAAUAUAGAGACAUCUGAUGCUACAGAGCCGGUCUCACAAGCCAAAGAUAGCUCAGACGAAGAACUGUUCUUUGAUGCUCUCGAACGGUUAUCGAUUUCUGAUUUCACCCCAAAAACUGAAAUCACAGCAACGGCAGCCAAUACUGGUGCUCAAGCCAUAAAGAUCCUAGAGGCUGUAAGCGAAUCUAAAGAAGGAGCCAAAAGAGAUGGAAAAGCUAAAGAGGUCAUUUACAAUCAAAUGGCCCUAUUUUACUUUGUUCGUUUUGCGCUUUUCUUGUCAGAAUUUCUAAUUUGGUUUUCUGAAACAAUCAAGAAGUAA